AUGUUUAAAUGGCAUGUUCAUUCGGCAAUUGGCCGUGGUAGGCCUGUGGCACAUGACUUUUCUAGAGUCGCGGAUGGAAUUGCAGCUUCAUUGAGGCAAUUUUCCAUUUCGGUAUCAAAGCGAGCGGAAGAAGAUGAUGGCCCUCAAAUAUCACGGUCCCAAAGAUCAGCAGAGGCCGUCAAAGAGGUGUCUGAUAUCGCAUCCGAUCUGGCCUCAACACCAACCCGUGGUGUCGAUGCUCGUUCCCUAGCUGCAAAACCACCGCAAGGACUCAAAAUCACGAGAGUUUUUGAAGACUCCAAGCCGAGAGGAGAAGGAGUAGGCUAUCGUGGCCGAGGCCGUGGUGAUUUUCGUGGGGGGGCGCGUGGUGGAUUCCGUGGAGGUACUCGUGGAGGGAUGCGUGGCCGAGGCGGUCCAGGGGGACGGGGAGCAGGACGUGGUCGUGGUCGUGGUCGAGGGCGAGGCGGAAAGAAAGCGAAAGCUCAGAAUAAGGAAGACUUGGAGGAUUUCGUAUUGCCACCUAUGACACUAGCAGAGCUUGCACAUCAAGCUGGAAGUGAACAAGGGUUUUUAAGGCCUUAUGAACCCACUCUCACGGCAGAGUCCUUGGGCAGGCACGGCCCACCUGUCAUUUCGAGUCCGAGGGGGGUCGUGGAGUCGAUCGUGUACAAGAUGCAAGUUGCUACGAGCUUCCCGGGGGCUCAGUUCGACCAUGGCAGAUACCAUCUUCAGAGAGUCGAGCAUGGACCCGGUACUUUGUUUGAAAACGAUGAACAGAGGGCGAUCAUCGAAGCGUACAGUCAACAGAUAGGAAUGGAGCAGGCGCAGGAUAUGGGUGUACCUUACGAGCCAGAACUGAACGAAUUUGGAAAACUCUCCGAGAAGGGCCAAGCCAGAGCGAUGAAGGAGUGGGUUGCAGGGCAGUAUGUUUUCCCAAAGCCGGCAGAAGAGGGAGAUGUAUUGGGUCAGGUGGCAGGGUAUGCAAGAAGGAACGAGACGUAUCUCCCUGAUGAUACAAGGAAGUUUCAAGAGAAGCUCAGAUCACUCUUGCCAGCAAGGAAGCCAACAGCCAAGCCCAGGGCGGGGCCUGGUAGGCCUUCUCUAUGA